AUGCCUCAAUGCCAGUCCUCCAGAAACGGUGCCUGGCGCUACUGCGCAGGCUCCUCUUUUGGCGCGAUUUUCGGGAGAUUGAUCGGGCAGCGUCACGAAACCGUUCGCGAGCUUUGUAUCCGUUGCAGGUGGGCGCUCUCGCUCCAGAGUCGCUCGAGACCAAUGGUUCAUAUCCAGAGGCCGGUUGUGGAGUUAACACGCGCUGUGACGUUUUCCGCAUGUCAUGCGCUGAGAGCGGGCAAGCUUAGUCCGGAAGAAAACGAGAGGCUGUUUGGGCCGUGCGCACGACGCCACGGACACAACUAUGUUCUGGAGGUUACGGUUCGAGGUCCAGUCGAUGCUCAGACCGGUAUGGUGCUCGACAUGCGUCUAUUGAAGGAAGUAAUCGAGAAACAUGUGCUCGAGAAGCUCGAUCAUGCGUCGAUUGACGAGGAUGUAAAUGAGUUUGCUUCAGAAAACGGCGGUUAUGCGCACGCUCUACCGGCAACGACUGAGAACCUCGCUGCGGUCAUUUGGGGUUGGCUUGAGCCACACCUUGGAUUAUUGCUGUACAGAAUUCGUCUCUGGGAGACUGAGAAGAAUGUGGUCACGUUUUACGGGGAGUACGAGGCGGAGCGAGGUGCGAGCCUGCGAUCGAGUCCCGCGGAGCAUCUCGCACGAAACGGCCGCCAUCACUGA